AUGGCUGGACCACAGUAUCAUGACGACUUCGAUUCUACACCUAAACAAGAUUCAACACCAACACAAGAUCAACCUCUAGACCAACCUCGAGAACAUACACAGCCACUCUCAGCUCACGAUACAUCACCUAUUCCUGCCAAAGAUCAUAUAUGGACGGCCAGACUAAACCUUCGUCUCUUCUCCAUCUGUGUUGACGCUCUUCUUCUUGUUAUUGUCUCUUUAUUGGCCUCUAGUUCUAGUGAUGGAACAACCUCCAUCAUCUUCUUUGGGCUCCUCACUGCCCUUGCUUUAAUAUGGAACUUUGCGGACUCUAUCCAUGUCUGGACCAGAAGAUAUCACAGGUUCAGCCCCUCCAUACGAAUUUGCAUCGAUCUUCCGUUAGCCGUUCUCUUUGCAAUCUUGUCACUCAUCUGUGGCUAUUUCGGUCCUUCGGAUCACGCAAUUUCUGGCUCAGCUCCAAGCACAGACGAGUCACAUCUUGGGAGACGAGCCCUUGGAUGUUUCGGCAUCACCAAAGUUCUCGUUCACAUGAUUCUAGUUUCCGUUGCUUACUACGAGAGAACACAAGCAAAGUCGUCCACAUCACGAAGCAACUAUGAGAGGAAUGAGGGGGAUAUAGCCGGAGAUGAGGAAGAAGGAUUGUUAUUUAGCGAGUAG